AUGGGCUUCGUCUCCGGUUUCGCUGGAGGCGUCACCCUCACCCUCUCCGUCGCCUACCUCUCUGCUCUCGCCCACCAGCGCAACCGCGAGCGCCAGGGACAGGCCCUCCGGGCGCAGGCCCUCGAGCUGCAAACCAUCAUCGACCCUAUCCCACUGCCGCUACCGCCGACCCGGUCCGAGGUGGCCGCCGAGCAGCGUGCCGCUAAAGUCGAAGUACUAAAGGAGAAGUGGAACGAUGAGGUCGGCCGCGCCGUACGCUGGGUGCAGACGACCGACUGGGACGAGGUCCGCUACGGCUUGCAGUCGCAGGCCGGUGCCCUCUGGACCCGAGUGACCGGCGGUACGACCCCCGUGCAGUCAGUCGAGGCGGUAGAAGGCUCCGCGGCGGACCGUGCUCGCUCCAUCGAGCAGUCGGCGCGCGGCGCGUUCCAAAAGGCAAAGGCCGAGGCCCGCAGCGUCGAGGAGGCCGCGCAGCACAAGGCCCUCGAGGCCCGCCUGCAGGCCAAGAAGGCGACCAAGGAGGUGGCCGAGGACGCGGCGGCCGCCGCCAAGGAGGGUGCUCGGGAGACGGGCGGCGUCUUGUCGUCACUGCUUGGCCGCGGCAAGGAGAAGGCGGCGGAGCUGGCGGGCAAGGCCAAGGAGGCCGUCGGUCUGGCGGCGGGCGGUGCCACGGCGGCUUCAGCUGCUAUUGACGGCGUGACGCUGACUACGGGCUCGAGCGCCGUCGAAAAGGCCCUGCACCAGAGAUACCAGAAGACGACAGCCCGGGAUACGAGAACGGUGGCUGAGGUGUUGAAGGCGAGAUAUACCCCGGUGGACGACCGUGACAACACGAACCUGCGGGGCCUGUAA